AUGAGUGAGGAUCGCCCACUUCGCGUAAGAAGCGCCUCUCCGAGAGUGCGCCUAUCAGGCGAUCAUUCGCGUCGUGGCAAUGACCCAAAUGUGGGUUUUGAUUUAGAGGCAUUCACACGUCUUGUCGAACGUAUGAGAGAUCCAUUCACAUAUCCCGUUGGCACUGUAGCUCCUAGAGGAAGAAGCCCAGAACGCGCGACCACCACCGAGACACAGCAAUGCUCAACAGGCAAGAAUGUCCAUGAGGACGAAUACAACAGAUUGUGCGAAAUGUUGAGGGCUUCCCAAUUGAAACACCUGGAAAGCGCCCGCAGUUUAAUGGAAACAGAACAUCAUCUCACGGUUGCUUAUCACAUGAGACAAAAUGGCGCCGAAGGACAUACUGAGCAAGCACAAUGCGAGAGGGAAGAUAGUCAGCACGGUGGUGGUGCCAGGUCAGAGUUUGGGGCAGAAAGAUAUGCUACAGAAGGUGCUGGUUCCACAAUGAACCCAACAGUCGGAAGGCGUAAUUCUUUUGUAUCUAUCACGCCAUUGGAUCCUGCAGAUAGUAAUGAUUCCACAAUGAACCCAAUAGUCGGAAGGCGUAAUUGUCUUGUAUCUACCACGCCAUUGAAUCCUGCAGAUAGUAAUGAUUCCGCCUGGAGAUCAACAGCCGGAACGCAUGGCGGCGAGGACAACAAUCCCUCCAAUGAGCUUCCUAGUCACCUGAGGUCCCCUUACAAAUAUUACAACUCAUAUUGGACACCCUCAUCGCCUCCCUCGGAGUCCUACCCCACAUUCCCACGAUUACCCUCGCGCAACACAACUUCGGCUCCGAGCUCUAAAGGAACUCCAAGCCCCCAGCCCUCCGCACCAGUUAACUUCGGAGCCAUCAGACGCCUCAUGCGACCUUAUCUUUCUCCGCUCCAAUGUCAACCCGGCUCCACAAUAUAUCCCCCGCGAGCUUUUACUUCUCCUCUCCUAUAUCCACCCCGUUCCACAUAUCCAUUAACAUGGCCCAGCGUCAGCUUUUCCCGACCCGAACUCGAGCAAUCCUUCCUCAGGAACGUAACCAGAAACAUGGAUCUCAUCCCCAGCGCCCCCGCCUCCACCGGCCCUCUCCUACCAUUCGAAGGUCCCAGCCUACUCCCCGAAUCGUGGAAAAUCAUGCGACAACCCCCUGCCGACCCCCCUAUCUGCGCGAACUCUCGGCCAAUGUGGUCUUGGAACACCCCCGAUACGCGCAACUGGAUCUACCAAAACCUCGUCACCCAAUGCGGCUUCCAGGAGUCCUACGCUCACAAGAUCGUCAUGGGAUGGUUGGGUGGUACGGAUACUAUCCGAUACAUGACCUUGCUCGAUUGGCAGGUACUUACCACCUCCUAUGAAGCUGGAUGGUAUAUGUUUAGGUUAAUGCGACGUUGUUAA